UAUAGUAUGUAUAAAAUCAAAUAAAAAUUGGAUGGGUUAUAAAAAAUAUAUUUCUAUCGUUUAAUGUGUUUAAAUUUACAUCGCAUCUGGAAUACAUAUUUGAGUUAUUUUUAAAGGAGAAAUGGCUGAUUUCUUGGACUCUGAAGCGGAGGAAUCCGAGGAGGAGGAAGAGCUUGAAGUACAUGAAAAAAAAAAACUGAAAAAAUUAAAAGCAAUGGCUGAUAGCAGUGAAGAAGAAGAAGAAGAUGAUGAUGAACGAUUGCGAGAAGAACUUAAGGACCUAAUUGAUGACAAUCCCAUAGAAGAAGGAAGUGAUGGAGAGGAUUCUGACGUAUCAAAUUCAUCGAAAAAGAGAAAAAAACAUGAGGAAGAUGAUGAUUUGGAUGACCGAUUAGAAGACGAUGAUUAUGAUUUGAUUGAAGAAAACUUAGGUGUAAAAGUGGAAAGAAGGAAACGCUUUAAACGCUUAAGACGGAUACAAGAUGAAGAAAGCGAUGGAGAGGUAGAUAAUGUCGAUGAAGGUCUAGCUAGAGAAGCUAUUGCUGAGCAAUUGUUUGAUGAUGAUGAGAAUAUUGAAAGGCGUUCAGAGCACAGUCAUAGAGAACCUGAAAAUUUUGAAGAAGAAGAAGAAGAUUCCGAUUCGGAUGCUGAUGAUUUUAUUGUUGAUGAUGAAGGCCGUCCAAUAGCUGAAAAGAAAAAGAAACGAAGACCAAUUUUUACAGAUGCAUCUCUUCAGGAAGGACAGGAUAUUUUCGGGGUAGACUUUGAUUAUGAUGAUUUCUCUAAAUAUGAGGAAGAUGAAUAUGAAGAUGAUUCCGAUGGAGAAGAAUACGAUGAGGAAGCUGGGGAAGAUGAUCGUGGAAGAGUCAAGAAAAAAUUAACAAAAAAACAACCGAAAAAAACAAUAUUCGACUUAUAUGAACCAAGUGAAUUAAAACGGGGUCAUUUUACAGAUCUUGACAAUGAGAUAAGAAAAACUGAUAUUCCUGAACGCAUGCAACUUAGACAAAUUCCUGUAACAUCAGUUCCUGAAGGAUCCUCCGAGUUGGACAAUGAAGCGGAAUGGAUAUAUAAGCAUGCUUUUUGUAAAGCACCAGUGUCGCAGAACGAUAAAGGUGAAUCAAAUCGUGAAAAAAAUAGAAAACCGCCUAGUACGAUAGGAAAGAUUAAGCAGGCUUUGGAAUUUAUUAGAAACCAGCAAUUAGAAGUCCCAUUUAUAUCAUUUUAUCGAAAGGAGUAUGUUAAACCAGAACUAACAACAGAUGAUUUAUGGAAGAUAUAUUACUUUGAUGAGCGCUGGUGUCAAUUACUCAGCAGAAAGAAUAAACUUUUAAUACUUUUUGAGAAAAUGCGCAACUACCAACUUAGUGAAAUAAUGAAGAAAACGGAUAGUGACUUACCUGAAGAUAUUCGUUUAAUAAAAGAUGACGAUUUGGAACGUUUGCGUGAUGUUCAAAGUAUGGAAGAAUUAAAAGAUGUUCAUAUGCAAUUUCUUUUGUAUUAUUCUCAUGAAAUACCAAAAAUGCAGGAAGAAGAGAGGAUAAAAGAAAGAGACAUCAGGAAACAACAAAGAAGAGAGCAAAGGCGUCAAGAUAUGGAAAAUAGUGAGCAGCCAUCUGAAGAAGUUAAUUCAGACCAAGACAGCGCAGAUGAGACUGAAGUUGUUGAAGAUCAUUUGAAGCAAGCUAAGGAUUCCGGGCCAUAUGCAAUGUGUCGAAAGGCCGGAAUUUGCGGUUUUGCCAAACACUUUGGUUUGAACCCAGAACAGUUUGCCGAAAAUGUUCGAGACGGCUACCAGCGACAUGAAGUCGAUCAACAACAAAUAAGUCCGACAGAUUUGGCAAAACAAUAUUUGUGUCCAAAAUUUAUGACAAUUGACGAAAUUAUACAUGCUGCUAAAUUUGUUGUUGCUCGCCAACUUUCUAGGGAGCCUCUUUUUAGAAAGACAGUUCGGGAAGUGUAUUUUGAAAGAGCCAAACUAAAUGUUCGUCCAACUAAAAAGGGUAUAAAAGAAAUAGAUGAGAAUCAUGCAUGUUAUCCAAUGAAAUAUUUGUCAAAUAAACCAAUUAGAGAUCUAGUUGGUGAUCAGUUUCUCAGACUGACUAUGGCGGAAGAAGAUAAUCUUAUUGACAUCAAUAUAGCCGACGAAAUUGAAGGAAACACUACGAAUUCUUAUAUUGAUGAAGCAAAACAACUAUACCAACGUGAUGAAUUUUCAAAAGUCGUGCAGGAAUGGAAUUCUAUUCGAGCAGAGUGUGUCGAGCUGGCACUUAAAAAAAUGAUUAUACCAGACUUGAAAAAAGAAUUGAAAGUUAUUAUUUUGGCUGAGGCAAAGGAAUAUGUAUUGAAAUCUUGUUGUACUAAAUUAGGGAAUUGGUUAAGAGUAGCUCCUUAUAAACCUGAAAUUUCUGAUGAAUAUACAUUUGAUGAUUGGGGUACCGUAAAAGGAAUUCGUGCACUGGGACUUGCAUAUGUCCCUGAUUAUUCUCAGGCUGCUUUUUGUGCAAUAACAAACCCAGAAAAUGAUGUUAGUGACUAUUUGCGCUUACCUCAUAUAUUAAAACGUAAAAGUUCUUAUCGUCCUGAAGAAAAAUCAUUAAAAAUAUCGGAUCUUAAAAUUUUAAAACAAUUUAUUCGCAAUAAGAAACCACAUGUUGUAGUAAUAGGUGGAGAAUCUAGGGAGGCUCAAAUGAUUCAAAGUGAUAUAAGAGAAAUUAUUAAGGAACUCGUUGAUGAAGAACAAUUUCCAGAAAUUGGGGUUGAAAUUGUAGAUAACGAACUUGCAAAGAUUUAUGCAAAUUCCCAAAAGGGUGCAUCUGAUUUUAAAGAAUAUCCAACACUUCUCAAGCAAGCAGUGUCUUUAGCAAGAAAAAUCCAAGAUCCCCUUUUAGAGUACUCUCAACUUUGUGGAGCAGAUGAAGAAAUUUUGUGUUUGCGAUACCAUUCCUUGCAAGACCAGAUAAGUAAAGAAGAACUAUUGGAACAUCUUUAUAUUCAAUUUAUAAAUCAAACAAAUGAAGUGGGCGUGGACAUAAAUAUGGCUGUACAAAACUCUUACACAUUAAAUUUGGUUCAAUUUAUAUGUGGUUUAGGUCCCAGAAAAGGUGCUGCAUUAGUAAAAAUACUUAAACAAUCUAACCAGAGACUAGAAAAUAGAACUCAGCUUGUAACAUUGUGUCAUUUAGGACCUAAAGUUUUUAUUAAUUGUUCUGGUUUUAUUAAAAUUGAUACAAGUUCCCUAGGGGACAGCACAGAAGCGUAUGUUGAGGUACUUGACGGCUCCAGAGUUCAUCCAGAAACAUAUGAAUGGGCCAGGAAAAUGGCAAUAGAUGCAAUGGAAUAUGAUGAUGAAGAAACUAAUCCAGCCGGGGCUCUGGAGGAAAUUCUUGAAAGUCCAGAGAGGUUGAAAGAUCUCGAUCUGGACGCAUUUGCUGUAGAAUUAGAGCGUCAGGGAUUUGGAAACAAAAGUAUAACAUUAUACGAUAUAAGAUCGGAAUUGAAUUCCUUAUAUAAAGACUUUCGAGCUCCAUAUCGCUCGCCAAACUCUGAAGAAUUAUUUGACAUGUUAACUAAAGAAACUCCCGAAUCAUUUUACGUGGGUAAAAUGGUUUUGGCUACAGUUGCGGGUAUUUCUCACCGUAAGCCCCAAGGCGACCAAUUAGAUCAAGCGAAUCCAGUUAGAAAUGAUGAAACUGGAAAUUGGCAAUGCCCAUUCUGUCUGAAAGAUGAUUUUCCCGAGCUCUCGGAAGUUUGGAAUCAUUUUGAUGCCGGAGCAUGCCCAGGUCAAGCGACUGGAGUUAAAUUACGGCUUGAUAAUGGUAUAUCUGGUUUUAUUCACAUAAAAAACUUGUCAGAUAAACAUGUAAAGAAUCCAGAAGACCGUGUUCAAGCUGGUCAAGCAAUUCAUAUUAGAAUAAUUAAAAUUGACGUUGAUCGUUUUUCAGUUGACUGUUCGUCUAAAAGUUCAGAUUUAAUGGACAAAAAUCACGAAUGGCGCCCAAGAAGAGAUGCGUUUUACGAUUAUGAACAAGAAGAAAAGGACAACGCAAAAGAAAAUGAUCAGAAACAGGUUCGAUCAAAGCAGCAAUACGUUAAAAGAGUUAUUAUACAUCCAUCAUUUCAUAACAAAUCAUAUGCUGAAGUUUUGAAAAUAAUGGAAUCAAUGGAUCAAGGUGAAGUAGUUGUAAGGCCUUCGAGCAAAGGCUCGGAUCAUUUAACAGUCACUUGGAAGGUUACCAAUGAUAUUUAUCAACAUAUAGAUGUACGAGAAGAGGGUAAAGAAAAUGCAUUUAGUUUAGGACAGAGUUUACUUAUUGGAAAUGAUGAGUUCGAAGAUUUAGAUGAAAUUAUAGCCAGACAUGUAAAUCCAAUGGCUGCUUGUGCUCGUGAAUUGUUAAGUUACAAAUAUUAUCGUGAUACAGGUGGCGGUUUAAAAGAUAAAAUGGAAGAGCUUCUAAAGGAAGAGAAAUUAAAAGAUCCACGAAAAAUUCAUUACUUUAUAUCAGCAUCAAAAAAUUACCCAGGAAAAUUUUUACUAUCAUAUUUGCCAAAAACUAAAUGCCGUCACGAGUAUGUAACCGUUGUGCCAGAAGGUUAUAGAUUUAGAGGACAAGUAUUUGACUCACUAAACGGUUUCCUAAAAUGGUUUAAAGAUCACUAUUCUGAUCCGAUUGUAUCAAAUACUCCAAUGUCAACACCUCAUACUAACUCAAGUGUGCGGAAUAGUGCUGGAUACGACACACCUAGAAACAAUGAUUCAAAAUCUUCAUCUCAACACAUGUCACAAAGUAUUGCUGCUCAUACUCCGCAUUUUACCAGUACACCAGGAUAUCAUGGAGGUUAUGUUAAUACUCCUUACACUCCUAGUGGCCAAACACCAUUUAUGACACCAUACGCAACUCCACAUACAUCACAGACUCCUCGAUAUGGCAACUCUACGCCAAGUCCAAGUUCUGCAACUUCUCAUAUUAACUACGGCCAUCAGUCGCAUAAUAUAAAAGGUGUAAAAGGCGCAUCGUACCAUGCAGCAUCUCCAAGAAGUUUAGACAUUAACACUCAUAGUAAAAUUAAUCGUUCUCAUCGAAACAACAGCAACAACAACGAAAGUCUCGAAUGGAAAAUUGCUUCGGAUUCGUGGGCUAGAAGGAAACGUCCCGUUAUGCCACCUACACGCACUUUUACAAAUGAUUCCGCUAGACCGGAAAAUUAUGGUGUGCCCCAAACAGGCAAUGAUUAUUCUCAUCAAACUUCUAACCAGUAUGUGGAUGACCAUCGAUCUAGAUCUGUCGAAUAUCAAAAAAGUCCUAGAUCCAUACGUAGCACUCCACGCACAAAUACUUCCCCACAUUCUAUGAAUUUAGGCGAUUCGACUCCAUUGUAUGAUGAAAAUUAAAUCAUAUUAAAUUUAAACACUAUAAUUACAAACUAAUUAUUUUAUUUAUGUUACAAUAUGUAUAUAAAUAUUUAAAAAUUUCUGUCUUUUUUACCCAAGGCUUAACAAAAGUGUUCCAAAGUCAAUAAAGAUUAUGUUUUAAACUAAAACUCAAUUCAUUAAA